AGUGUGUCCCCUCAUGAAAACCCCACUUCAAUGAAUCGCUGCCACUUUAAAUACUUUGACAGCUUCUGCCACUUCCAACUCUAUCCCUCACUAGCUAGCUGCACAUGCUAGCGCUUCCAGUCCCUGGAGCUGACACUAGCUUUUCCCCAGCGGGCUCAGGACGAGGAGGAGGGGGGUGAUAAGUGGCUUACUUCCUUCCUUCACUUCCACUGGACAAAACCCGAAGCAGGAUAAAGAAAAGCCUGUCAUAUUACUGAAGAUGGGAAAGUAAAGUGAGUGACAGAACUACUGAGACUGAAGCUGUGCUGAGGAAGUGCACGGCCGCUCUGUGACAAACCUCCAGGAACUCUGGCGAUGUCAGACAUACACGGCUAUCUCCUCUGUGCCAUCAGCUGUCUCUGCUUUCUUCCUGCUGGUCUCCGUGCUGAAGAAUGCAACCAGGCUGUUCUGGCAAGACGUGGAAAACUGGACACACCAGAAGGGGGCAAUCUGCUUCUCUCCUGUGUAAUCCAGCACUGUGGAGACCCCUGGACAGGGAUCUGGAUAUGGAAAAAUGUUACAGAUGAAAAGUUCAGCACCAUUAAGAACUCAGAUAGACGUCAUGUGACCAAUGAAAGGAUCUCGGUAAAUCAAACCCGCCUAGUUUUGAAUUUCCUGACAGUUCGCCAAUCAGAUGAAGGUACCUACGGAUGCAAGGGGACGUGGGGUCAAGGUGACACUGAUCUGGGUCAUCUGAUUUAUGUGAGCAUCACAGCAGCCGUCCCCUCUCAGAGGAUCUGGUUUCACAGGAUUUUGGUCUGGGCCGGUGCUUCUCUUUGUAUUCUCAUCAUUCUUGGAUUAGCUCGUCAUCUGAGUUCAAGGGUCGAGCCUCAGCCACUUCCCAGGCCGCUGUCUGCACAUGUAGCGGUAUACAGAGACCGACCACACCCGCCUCUGCUGCAGAAACAUGGCUCUCACUCACACAGUGCUCCCUACAGCUCCCAGCAGAAGGAUGAGGUGGUGUAUGCAGACAUUUCCAAGGAAGUACUGGGGCAACAGAGAGCCACCAGAGAGCCCACCCUGGAGCCCACUGUGUACUCAAGUGUCAAAUUUUUCUGACUGCAAUCAAAUUACACUUCUUGUUGGACAGGGCUUGAUCCUUGAUGUUGUCAGGAAACGUUGGACAUGGACCUUCAUAGACCAGAAGCUUCUCAUUUCUCAUUCUUCAUGUUUUUAAAGUUUCCUUCCUGAAUUUUGGAGAUAAACUCCGGUUUUUAUUAACUACCAAGUCUUUUAACUGAUCUACAGUUUGGCAUUACUUUUAAACUUCAACUAUCAGAGAGAACUUGAUGAAGCUUUAGUUUGUCCACUGAUUUACUUAUAAGCAUUUACACUAAACUUGUUGCAGGGAUGGGAAGGACAAGAAACCAUCAGUGCACAUGCAGUUCAGAGGCAGAUCUAAGAAUUUCCCAGCUUUCUUAAACUGUGUUAUGUGAAAUGAAUCCUUCAGACCACUUCCUUUUUUCUUUAACUGGCAGAGUUAUGUAGUUCUAGUUUUGACAGAUUACACUGUGAUGUAGUAACUAUUUGAAUCAUGAACAAGAGCCGCAAGCCAGAAUGUGCUGCAGGGAGAAAAAACUUAAAGUUUGUAGCUACAAAUACACACAUUUUCAUUUGUUUUUUUAAAUGUGUUAAACACAGGUCAGGUUUUUUCACUGUGUUCAUGUUUGUUAAAUAUUAAAGUUAGGCAGAAUUA